AUGAGGUCAUUCGCUCCCACUGGCCUUGGACUGCUGCUCGCCUUCGCUCACAACGCAGCCGAUGCUGCUCUUCCAAAGGAAGUUGCGGCGUUGAUUGACACGGCGGCGGACCCGUGUACCAAUUUCUACCAGUACGCGUGCGGGCAGUUUCUGAAGACGGCAACGUUUCCACAGGGUCAACCAUAUGCUUCCUACGGUUGGGACGAUCUCAAUAAUCAAGCGGAAGCCAUGUUCAUGGCUAUUCUCGCCAAUAAACAACUACCGGUCCUCUCCGACUACUACGCGUCGUGUAUGGACACUAAUAUCAUUAACGCGCUCGGGAACAAGCCACUUCAAGCUCGACUCCAGCGCAUCGACGCCACCAAAUGCAAGGCCGAUCUGAGUCACCUCGUUGGCGAGCUCGCUACCAGUUCAUCGUGGAUGUUUGUCAACGCGACCACAGGCUUUGGUGGGGCACCGUACGACCAAGAACUGAUCAUAGAAAACCUCCAGCUGCCGUUCGACCAGACGGACUUUCUGGAUGUCACCAAGUUGAGCGCCGAGCGUCCACGCAUGCGUGAGUACAUUGGUAAGGCGCUGACACUCGCGGGUGUUAAGACAUCGAGCGGUAAGAGUGUCAACAUGACCGCGACGGCUGACAUGAUCAUCGAUACAUACAAGAAGUCGGUCGAUCUGCGACCGACCGACGAUGAGCUCAACAACGACGACAAUAUAUUAUCUCAUAGUGAGACACUGAAGCGUUACCCGCUGUCAUACAAGGGCAUGAUCGAGGGCACGAAGCUGAAGGUGAACCCGAAGUCUACCAUUAACUUCAACUCGCUGAAGUGGAUGGACCGUGUCGAGAAGGAGCUUUGGGGGUCGCUCUCGCUCGAAAAUCUGAAGCUAUUCUACACAUUCGUCGACGUGCACGGCAACCAGCAAUUCCUGAGCGACGCGCUUAGAAAGAACGACGCUGACUAUUUCAAGUACGUCUUGGACAGCCGCGAUUCCUUUUGCAAAAAAGACGUGAUCGAUCGAAUGCCGCAUCUGGCCACCCAGUACAUUUACUCCCAAUACUUUAGCGACGACCGUCGGGCGUAUCUGCAAAACAUGGCAGGUCUCAUCAAGCAGGCAAUGCAAACCGAACCCUCGAACGCCACUUGGCUGGACCCGUCGACACGCAAGGAAGCGAUCGCCAAAGUGGGUCGGGUCAUGACGCUUUUUGGUAAAUCCCCGAAGUAUUCCACCCCGCCAGUGAAGGUCAAAGCCGCUACGUUCUUUGACAACGUUAUCGCGCUCAAGACGUGGAAUUUCCACAACGACUACUUUGCAAACGUCGGCAAGCAACCAGACCAGCAAAUCUGGACCCUCCACCCUGACGAGGUUACUGGUCUCUACCUGCUUAUCCAGAAUAGUGUUCAGUACUCGGUGGGAAUUUUGCAGCCUCCUUUCUUCAGCAGCAAUCUGCACCCUGCACAGAACUUUGGUUCGACCGGCACUUUGAUCGGGAGCGACAUAACUAAACCGGUUAGCGUGUACGGCCGACAAGUGGACCAAUUCAGGCACACGCGUAACUGGUUCUCGGAAAAGGACAACGCCGCGUACAACUCGCGUGCGCAGUGCAUGAGCGACCAGUACAGCGCACAGGUGCUAUAUGACAAUAACGGCAAACCGUUGGGCCACGAGGAUGGCAGCGCGUUGGUAGAGGAUAAUGUGCUUGUCAACAACGCUGUGAACGUUGCGCUCGUGGCGCUUCACAAGUGGAUGACAAAGAACCCAUCGUUCCCGACGAACGGUGUGACCGCGGACGAAGUGGAUAAGCUCUACUAUUUGUCGUAUGCCUAG